UUUAACCCACUCUCGGCGGGCGUGUAGCGUCGUAACGGUGGCAAAGCCAACGCUUCCCAGUCAUGCGUUGGAUCUGGGCUGCUGUGGUGGUUGUGGUACUAGCAGCUGCUAACCUUUCGGCCAGUGAUCCCUCAACCACGCUGUCUUUCGAAAGCCUUUCCUCGCAGCAGCAGCGGCAGCAGCAGCAGCAGGAAAGCGACCAAUCCGACGCACUGAUUGCCACCAUCUUCGCCACCAUCGACCAUCUGGACAUCGUGAAUGGUGCCGCGGGAGCAGCGGAAACUCAACUGCUGCAGCAUCGCACCGUCCGGUGGUUCGACGGGGAACCGGCGACGCUGUGCGGCGCCCCACCCGCCAGUGAGCAUUCCGAGUGCUUCGCCCCACCCGAACGUCCAACCGAUCGGCACCGGUGGGAUGGAGCGCUGGCCGGGGCAGGCCUCAUCCUGUACGGUUCGGUGGCGAAAUUAGACCGCUACGCGUGUCUGUUCGAACCGGCCGGGACGUAUCUGCUGGUGGACGAGCCGUCCCGUUCGCCGCUCGAGCAGGCGCACCUUCGCCGGCUGCUCGGGACGCUCUGGACGACACGGGGCGCGUACCGGGUGUACGUGCGUGCCCGGGGGCAGCUGUACGGGUACGAUCCGUUCCGGCGGCCGGCCGGUGCGGCCGAGUACGGUGCGCUGGUGCAGCUGGAGGAUGGCCGACCGCUACCGACCGUACCGCUGACGGACUUUGGCGGGUAUCCGUUGCGGAUCGAGGUGUUCCGCUCGGUGUACAGCAAUCCGGACGAGCGGGCCAGCGCGUCGAAGGCGGACCAGAUCACGUACAGCGGGCCGGACGUGAUGGCACGGGACGUCUUCUGUCGCGCCCUUAAUGUUACGGUGAUACCGGUGCCGGCCGAUCGGGACCUGUUCGGCGAUCGGCUCCCGAACGGCAGCUUUACCGGUGCGCUCGGGCGGCUCGUGCGGCGCGAGGUCGACAUCGUGUUUACCGGCUUCUUCAUCAAGGAUUACUUUGCGCGCGACGUCGAGUUCACUGCCGGCCUGUACUCGGACGCGGUCUGCUGCCUGGUGCGGAAGGCGAGCCGCAUCCCGGAGGCGCUGCUCCCGCUCUACAUUUUCCCCGGCGACAUCUGGGCGCUGCUCGGGGCGCUCGGCCUAGCCUGCGCGAGCGUGUGGGCGCUGUUGCGCUGGUGCGUCCGGCACAUCAAACCCCCGGCCGGGGGGCUCUGGUCGCGGCGGCACCGGCUCGCCGUGCUGUUCAAUCUGCCGCGCAGCCUGCGGGCGGCCGGCCCGGUCCGCCGCACCGUCCAGCUGUACGUGGACAGCUUCAUACUGCUGGUGAGCGCACCGUACCAGCGCUUCACCCGGUCCGGCGUCGAGCGGCUGUUCCUCACCGGCCUGCUGCUCGUCAGCCUCAUCUUCGUCUCGCUCUACACGUCCGGGCUGGCGGCCGUGUUCGUGAACCCGCUGUACUACCCGGACAUUGGCACGCUGCAGCAGCUGGACGAGAGCGGCAUGGCGAUCCCGGUCAAGUACCGCGGCUUCCUCGACGACGUGUUCGCGGUCAACUACAGCCGGCUGAUGGAUUCGCUGCGCGCCCGCAUGCAGCACCUGCCGGCGAAGGAGUCGAUGCUGGCGCGGGUCGCCCGGCUCGGCAACAUCGCGACCGUGACGCGCAAGACGACGCUCGCGCUCGACAACGCGAUCUACCUGACGACGCGCCAGCUGCACAUGGUGCCGGAGUGUCCGCGCACGUACAACCUGGCGUACGUGAUGCCGCACCGGUCCGCGUUCGGCGAGCAGUUCAACAAGGUGCUGCUGCGCCUGGUGGGCGGCGGGCUGGUCGACCACUGGAUCGAGCAGGCCCGGUACGGCUGGACGCUGCGGGACUGGCGCGUCGCGCGGCGCAUGAUGGAGUCCAACUUCAAGGUGCUGACCGUGCUGGACAUGCAGUUCGCGUUCUACGUGCUCGCGAUCGGACUGGCCGUGAGUGUGGCGGUGAUCGGGGCCGAGCUGGUGCACUUUCACCGGGCGCACCGAGGGGACGGGCACGGUGUCAAUGUAUUGCUGAGGAAGUAACUAGAGGGAGGGAGGAGCGACGUGUAAUAAAAACUGGACUGGAACAUGCA